AUGCCCACCAACCUCUCCAUUCUCGUGUUUGUCGCUUCACCUCUCGACUACGCCCGAUACCGGCAUACAGCGUUAUUCUUUGAGUUCGAGCCACAAGCACAAGCCCAAAAACAGUAUGCAGCGGACCAUACACAGAUGGAACCAGAGACGGAGUAUAUCAAGUCCUCCGUAAUGGAGAUCUUGUCCUUCAAGGACUUGUUUUCAUACCCACGGAACAAACCACUGACAAAUCCACCCAUUACGUGCUUAGAUCUCGCACGCGUCAUUCCCGUAUCUACACUCCCAAGUUCAAUACCAAUAUCAGUCCUCCGAUCUACAGUCUCCGGAACGCUUAUACGAGAUGGAGAUGGAGAUACAGACUGGAAUUGUCAGAAUUGGGUUGGGGAUGCGCUAGGUCGACUUGUGAAAGCUGGGUAUUUGGACUCGGGUGCUCGGGAUCAUGGGUUAGACGCGAUGAUUGAUGUGGUCAUGGAGGCGGAGGAUGAGGAAAUUUCGGUUGGUGGGACGUAA